AUGGGGGAUGUCAAAGACCAAAUAGAAGGAGCAGAAAAUUCAAUGCCAUCUUCCAAACAGGAAGAGGAAGUUGUUAAAAAUAAAUAUGGAGGAAUCAUGCCAAAGAAACCACUUCUAAUCUCUAAGGAUCACGAGCGUGCUUAUUUUGAUUCUGCUGAUUGGGUUCUUGGAAAGCAAGGCGUAGAGAAGCCUAAAGGGCCACUUGAGGCACUUCAGCCAAAGUUGCAGCCAACACAGCAACAAUCCCGAUACCGCAAGUCUCCUUGUGCUCCAUUCUUGGGUGAAGAUGGAAAUAAUGCCCCAUCUGAGGAUGCUACUGCAAAUGAAUGAGCAGGUGAUUCUCUAGCUUGUGAUGUUCUUUGUUAUAUACAUGUAUGUGCAAUUUCUGUUCAGGAUUAAGAAAACAAUAUUAAGGAUAUAGAGGUGUUUUCAUCUUUAUUUGAGGCAACCAAAUGAGUAUUUGUUGGCUGGUUGAUGUGUUGUA